GUGCUCGGGAACCAAUGGAAGCGUUGUGUCGUCACUUCCUCUAACAGCUGUGUUGGUGGUGGUGUAGCCUGCUAGCUGCUAGCCUGUGUAGUCUAACGUUUAGUGCAUUUCCGUUCGUAAAACAGUAUUGACUUUUUGAGAAUGUACAUGAAGCCAUGAAAGUAGUAUGUUUGGACUGCUGAAAUACCUCACCAUAUUGAGUUAGCGACCCUCUCAAGUCUCGCGAGGAGGCUAACGUUAGCUAGCCUAGCCUCCGCUGGCUAAUUGACACCAUUCAGUGUGAAGGGUCAUCGACACCAUGGCAAGUGCGGCAAACGCAAACAUGAACGCGGUCCGGGAGACGAUGGACGUGCUGUUGGAGAUCUCCAGACUGUUAAACACUGGCUUGGAUAUGGAGUCUCUGUCCAUCUGUGUGCGACUGUGUGAGCAGGGCAUCAACCCAGAGGCCCUGUCGUCAGUCAUCAAAGAGCUGCGGAAAGCCUCUGACUCACUCAAGACGUCUGAAAACUGCACUAACUGAAGAUCCUGCCUGAACCACUCAGUUUGGAUCCUUAAAUGGAGUCAGAACCAGAUCUGAACCACAGAUCUCCAGCCAUACAGAUUUCUGCUGUUGUGAUGGCACCAUAACACAACACUUCCAUGGUUGGCACGCAGUCCUCGGCCACCCACAUGUUCCUGUUUUGUGCUUUGACCAGUGCCUGAGUUCUUGUACACAGGUGUGGUCCUUGUUCCUCUUGUUAAAUGCAAGGCUUCUCUCAACCUGCAGGAGCCAUUCAAUUGCUGCCUGUUUGUCUUACCACCACUUGCAGACUGCAAGUCCAGAGGGGGGUUUGCAUUGACACCCUGCCUUAAUGUAAAAGCAUGUUCUUUUCCAUUUUUGUUGACAGUCAACCUGUAUAGCACUAGUCCUGUUAUUGAGGGACGAUGGGUUUAUAUUUUAUUUGUCUAUGUUGUCCUUUUUUAAUGGCAGUGAUAUAUUGUGAAUUGUUUUAAGUUUUUUUGUAAGCAUAAUGCAUUUGUUUUUGUUUUUUUCCAAUUUUGCUUACUUUCAGCCUCCUAUGUCCCUUGUCUCCCUGAGCAUCAAUGAUGAAUGAAAUCCAAAUUAAAAGUGUUACAAUCAGCAGCCA